GGAAUUAUAUUUAGGGAGGAAAAAUUUUUUGGUGACGUUACAGAUGUCAUUCGUCGAUGGUUUAUUCAUUUUCAUCUUUUGACAGAGAUGUUGAUGGUUGCGUUCUGUCUGACGUUGAUACUUUUGUCAUUUUUGUUAAUCGCACGUAAAUUAUAUCUGCAACGAUUCAAAUGCAGCAAGAAUAUUUGCGUAGUAGUACUCGGCGAUGUCGGCAGAAGUCCCAGAAUGCAGUACCAUGCGAUUUCUUUCGCCAAGCAAGACUAUGUGGUAGAUAUUAUAGGUUAUCCCGGUUCGACGCCGAUGCAGGAAAUCAGCGAGAAUGCUAAUAUAUCGGUUCAUUAUUUGCAGUCUCCACCUGAAUUGCAAAACAGAUUACCACGUCUUUUAAGUUACAUAAUCAAAGUAUUAUGGCAAACUGUGAAUCUUCUUUGGUUAUUAAUUCGCAGACCAAUACCUCAUUCAUUGAUAAUGCAGAAUCCACCUGCGAUACCAACAAUACCAGUAAUCUGGUUUUAUUGUGUCCUGAUGGAAGUACAAUCUAUAAUUGAUUGGCACAAUUAUGCACAUUCAAUUAUGGCACUAAGCUUAGGGAAGAAUCAUGCUUUGGUCAAAUUGGCAAAACUGAUUGAAAUGACAAUUGGUUGUAGAGUAGGACUAAACAUGUGUGUCAGUAAAGCAAUGCAGAAAGAUUUGAAAGAAAAAUGGAGCAUUAAGGCAAAUAUCCUGCAUGAUAGACCAGGGGAUCAAUUCCACCCAAUAUCUCUGGCAGAAAAGCACGAAUUUCUGCUGAAGUUAGCUGAAGAAUAUGAUGUAUUUAAAGGUUCUAGAAAGGACUCAAGUAUUUUUACUGAAUGCUCAUCAAAUGGUGUGCAUUUAUCACCAAAGAGACCUGGAUUUAUCGUGUCCAGCACUAGUUGGACAGAGGAUGAAGAUUUCUCCAUACUGUUGAAUGCAUUACAAGAGUAUGAAAAUGCAUGUGAAAAUAACGAAUUAAAUUUGCCAGACUUGAUUUGUGUGAUAACAGGUAAAGGCCCAUUAAAAGAUUUCUACAUUGCCAUAAUUAAUCUGAAGAAUUGGAAACACGUUAAAGUGGUGACACCGUGGCUCGAGAAUGAGGAUUAUCCAAAGAUACUAGCCAGCGCGGAUUUAGGUGUAUGCCUUCACAUCUCAUCCAGCGGAUUGGAUCUGCCGAUGAAAGUGCUCGACAUGUUCGGUUGCUGCUUGCCGGUCUGCGCGUAUAAUUACGACUGUUUGUCAGAACUGGUGCAACACGAGGAAAACGGAUUGGUGUUCGCGAACGAGAACGAAUUGGCGCAACAAUUGAAGACAUGGUUCCAAGAUUUCCCUAAUAACGAGAUGCAGCAACAACUGGAAAAGAAGUUUCGACACAACUUAGACAUGAGGUUCGAAGAGGUGUCGAACGACCGGCCGAUAAUAGGUGUUCUAACGCAAGAGAUAGAUUACAACUUGGAUCGGAAAUACCCCGGACAAUAUCACAGCUACAUCGCCGCGUCGUAUGUGAAGUUCGUCGAGGGUGCUGGUGCUCGACCCGUUCCGAUCUGGAUCGGUGAGAACAAUUCGUACUAUGAAGAUAUCUUAAGCAAAGUGAAUGGAGUCCUGUGGCCGGGAGGUGCAACAUAUUUUAAUCAGCGUGAUGGAUACGCCGAUGCAGGCGCCGCAAUUUACAGGAUCGCGAAGAAAAUCAACGACGAAGGCGAAUAUUUCCCGAUACUCGGCAUUUGCCUCGGCUUCGAGCUGCUGACGUACGUUGCGGCGAAUGGUAUUGAGCAUAGGACUAAUUGUUCCAGUCUCAAUCAGCCACUUCCGUUGGAAUUCAAGCCUAACUUUAACAAAAGCAAUUUGUUCAAACAUGCUCCAUUGGACAUCGUGGAGAUUUUGAAACUAGAACGCGUUACGGCGAAUUAUCAUCAAUUUUGCGUCACAGAAGAGAGUCUGCGCCGUGUCAACUUAAUCAAUGAAUUUCGCGUGAUGUCACUCAAUCAUGAUAAACUAGGCCAGGAAUUCAUCUCUACGUUAGAGCAUAAGAACUAUCCGUUCUACGGUAUGCAGUUUCAUCCAGAGAAGAACAUCUACGAGUGGAAGACCGGCAAGAAUAUUCCCCAUGGAAUCAAUGCUACUCGAGUAGCUCAAUAUUUCGCCGAUUUCUUCAUCAAUGAGGCUCGCAGAAAUUCGCAUAGAUUCAGCACGCCGCAAGAGGAGGAACGUAGCCUGAUCUACAAUUAUCCUGUCACUUACACAGCCCCGCAGGGCUCCACGUAUCUACAGUGUUAUAUGUUUAAGAAAAAUGACCGCUCGUUUUGCAGGAACGGUCUGUGAUAUACGUAAGCUUGGAGUGAAUUUUAUUCUUAAGAUAGAAAUGUCGUUCUUUUUCACAAAUACAAAUGUCAUCUCCUCGUUUGUGUAUAAUAUAAAGUAAUUUUGUAAAUGUGUACGGCGCGCGCGCGACAUAU